CUUCGACUGAUGGGACAGACAGCUCACCAGAGAAUCCAGUGGGAGGGAGAGAACCUGGGAGGAGUGCAGGAGGAGAGGAAAAGCGGAGCGAGAUAAUGUAGGGAUUAAAGUAGGGGAGGAGAUAUCAAAACGCACCAACAGGAGAGAUAGAGGGGCCUUUGCUGAGAAAGACAGACACGGACAACUACUCUACAAGAUCUCUAGAGCAAGAACUCUUUUACCUUAUGGUUGGAAGAGCUAAUGUGCAGCCUAUGUGUUGUGGAAGUGUUAUUGAAAGGUGCACUACUUGGUAGAUGUGGGCAGGGAUACAGAUUCACUGCAACUUGUCUGUGAGGAACAUCACAAUAUCACUGUGAAAGAGACUGAAGUCAACCACAGAGCCAAAAUGACAGUAAGUAAGCCAUCCACUCACCCCAUUUUCCUCUGCAACCAAGAAAGAAUUUUGAGCAAUGUGUUUCAUUCAGCCAAGAUUCAUCAAGAUUUAGGAAGACAUUUGGAGUAGUUUUCUAAGAUGCUGACUUCUUCUGAAAUUGAUUUAAUUUUUCUAAACAUAUUAUUUAAAAAUAACAUUUUAUUGCACUGGGAAAAUGUAUAAAAUUAUUGUGUGUGUGUGGUGGGGGGGGGGGGCAACAGCAGUGCCUUAAACCGAUGUGAGAUGUCCCCAUUAUGUGACAAAAUGUGAUCAAACCUGUUCCUGAUAUUAGACAGCAGGUUAUUAGAUAAGGAAAAUUGAUUAUGUAGUGUACACUAUUUGGUAACACUUUAUAAUAACUUUCAUGCAUAAGCCAUUUGAAAUGCUUAUACAUGUUUUUAAAUGCUUAAUAAAUGCUUAGAAAUGUUAUAAAAGCUUAUGAAUUGGAAUCCUUGUAACACUUAUAAACGCUAAUAAAUAUUUUUUAAAUAAUAAAAUACCUAUUCAUUAACAGUUUACUAAUGCUUGUUCAUGAUAGUUAUUAUAAAAUGCUUACCUGCUAUAUUUAUUCAUAUUAAUCACUCCAUAUAUUGUUUAUGCUUACACUAUUGAUAUGAAAUGUUCCACAGCAUUGUAUAUUAUAAUCCAUUGACAUAUUGAGUAGUAGUGGGGUACAGGGCAGGACAACUUUCAUCUCAAACCACACGCCUCCGUUUCCCUUAACACGAAGUUACAUAACCAAGGUGUUAAGCCCAUGUCCCUACAGGCUGUUCAGGUUAUGCCACGCUGGCAGGGGGCUGGGCUGGGCUUACCCCUGUGGAGCUAGCUAUGCCACUCAGAUAUUUAUAUAUCCAUGGCUCUCUAUGUACUAAUGGGGUGUCUUGGGGCCGAUCCGGUUGGCUAAUACAGAAAAAUCCCACAAUUGCCUGUCUGGUGCCAAUCAAUGAAAAAGUAAACAGUCGAUCGGAUAAAUCAAAGGCUUUGUUGAAAAGGGGGGUGUCCAAAAACUGUCCAUUAAGAGCCUUUGAGCUGUUCAUAGGGCUAUAAAGGGAUGUGUUUAUACCUGGUUUAGUGCUGCCAAAAUCGUCAUGACGACAAGCAUCAUAACAGAUAUCUGUUAUGUUCCCAUCUCCGCAGGCUGCCACAAGGUUAUUGGACGAGAUGUGCCAUCUCACCGUCCAAUCGCUUAUAUCACUGGAGACCUCGGACCACUUCCAGGUGGUCAAGAUGUUAGGGGAGGGGUCGUACGGGAAGGUCAUGUUGGCUGUACAUAGGAAAAGAGGUAAACUAUGUGUCUGUUUUAACCUUAAACCCAGUUUGUCUGGCCUCAUAUCUCCAGAAUUUCUUUCUUUAUUUUGUUCUGAUCACCUUUCUCUUUUUCCUUCCUCAAGGUACUCCAAUGGCCCUGAAGUUCUUUCCUCGUGAUUCCACAAAUCUCUUUUCCUUUUUACGAGAGUAUAACCUCUCCCUCUCCUUCUGCACCCACCCGUCCCUGACCAAGGCACUGGGCAUUGCCUUCUCCACCCCCUCACAUUACGUUUUCGCCCAGCAAGCUAGCCUCUUCGGUGAUCUAUACGAAGUCAUUGUCCCUGAGGUAUAGUAUAUGUGGGAAAAACCUCCCCUCCCAUGAGACAUUUGUCAUUAUUUUCUUAUGAAUCUUUGCUAACUAAGGUCUAGAUUCAAUCAGAUCAAGAGUUAACUGGCAAUAGCAGACACCCACAUAGUGCAUGUUUUGGCGGUGUUGGAGGUGUAACUGCGUUGGAGACUUCAAAUCGGUGAGCAGCUGCUCUUGUGAUCAUUGUCACGAAGCCACACCCUCCCCACUCAUGUUAGAAGUUCAGAGCAAGAAAGUGUAGGCUAUAUAGAAAUAAUUACACUCAAAUUGAAAAAUCAUGAAUUAAAUUAAUGAGGAUUUCUAUAAUCCUAAUCAAGGUGUAGAUGACAUCUCACAUUCCAGUGUUCGAACUUGUAAACAAGGCUGCAUGGGAUUUCUGUUAAUGUGACUCCCUGCAGCCGACGGCAAUGCCCGCUUUAGGUAUAAUGCCGGGAGACACUUGUGGAUUUGACAACUCUAACGCAGUUCCACCUCCCGAUACCGUCAAAACAACCACUACGCGGAUGUCAGCAAAAGCGGAUCUGAUUGAAUAGAGCCGUAAGAGUGGGAAAUGUAGUUCAAUUGUGCCUCUAUGUCUUUUUCCCAGGUGGGUUUGGAGGAGAACUGUGUCCAGAGGGUGGUGUCCCAGCUGAGCAGUGCCCUAACCCACCUCCACUCCCUUGGUUUCGUCCACCGCGACGUCAAGCCCGAGAACAUCUUCCUGGUCGACGCUGCCUGCCGUUGGGUCAAACUGGGUGACUUCGGCAUGGCCAAGGCCACGGGAACCAAGGUACCCGGUGUGUGGUACAGUUCUGCUUACUGUACACCCGAGGCAGAGAUAGCGAAGGAUAGUAGCCAUAAUACUGCUUCAAAACCUGAUGGAGGAAAUGGGUUGGACAACAAGAUCAAGAGGGUGUGGGUGUCGGUGGAGGCCAGUACAGACUGCUGGGCCUUGGGGAUCCUCAUCUACGCCAUGCUGACUGGCAGUCUACCCUGGACGGAGACCGCAUCCGACGACCGCUCGUACAUCAAGUACAAAGAGUGGUUUGACCAGGAGAAAGAUCAAGAUGUUCAGGAUGAUGAUCUAGACCUAUGGGGGGAAGGAAAAGACGAGGACAUCAUGAUGAGUUUGGAUGAAGACAAGCAGAAUCUGAACAAGAAAAAAUCCCAUCCGGUCGCCCCCCAGUUUGCCUAUUUCACCCCACUGGCCUGCUCCCUUUUUCAGGCACUUCUCCACCCGCAGCCUGGGCUUCGUGGUAGGCCUGACGAUGUACUGGGCUACCUCGGAGGAGACUGGUUGCGGAAGGAGGAGAAGAUACGGUUGGAGGAGGAGAGGAAGAAAAUGAGAGGGAGAGAGGUAAUCAGAAACGAAAAAGAGAGGGAGGGAAGGGGAGAGAGAUAA